AUGGUGAGAAGAGUGUCAUUGUGGUGGCUGAAUUUGCAUGGGCUUGCCAAAAUUGAGAUUUCUUUUUUGACGGGGCUUGGGGGUUGUGAGGCUGAAAUUGCUGGGUGGUGUCCGGUUGCGGUGGCUUUUGUUCGGACUGGUGGGUGGUUCGCAUUUCUCCGAGAGAAGAAUUUCAAACAAACGAUUCCCCAGGUGAAGGUUGAAGAUGGGGAGGAAAUUACUUAUGAAACAGCCACAACCACAUUGAGGAGGGCUGUCCAUUUCUUUGCUGCCUUACAAGCCAGUGACGGCCACUGGCCAGCCGAAAAUGCUGGCCCCUUGUACUUCCUCCCACCAUUGGUCAGUCUUCUAAUCGUUAUUGCUUGCUUGUUGCUUGCUUGCUGUGCUAAUCGUUAUUGCAUAUCUGAGGCUUUCAUUGACAAUGUUGCUGUUUUAAUUUACUAA